AACACGCUUAGUCUGAACUUCUUCAGCUUCCAACUGACCCUUCACGAUAUCAUUCCCUCCCACUGUCCAAUAUACCCCCCUCCCAUCUUCACUUCCUACUUGCAUAAAUUCCCCGUUACACACCUCACCUUACCUUCAUAAUGCCUGAGCUUCCUAAGGCCCACCCUGAAGUCACAUGGGCCCAGCGCUCAUCUGCCAGCGACGCUGAGCGCAAUUACCUUUAUGUGAACAUCAAAGCUUCCGAUGUAGCUCGUGACGCAGCCACCCUCAAAAUUACCUCCACCAAUGUCACAUUCGCCGGUGAUUCCAAGAAGGGUGUUCGUUAUGAAGUCUCCCUGGAUUUGUACGCUGAGAUCGACCCCGACCAGUCCAAGGUGAACCACAGUGACCGUGAGGUUGAGUUGGUCCUGCGUAAGAAGGAGCUGAAGGAGGAAUUCUGGCCCCGUCUUCUGAAGACCACUCAGAAGAUCCACUUCCUCAAGACCGACUUCGAUAAGUGGGUCGAUGAAGAUGAGCAGGAUGAGGUUGCUGAGGAUGACUAUGCAAACAACUUCGGCGGCUUCGAAGGCAUGGGCGGCAUGGGCGGCGAGGGCGGCCUCGGAAACAUUGACUUCUCGAAGCUUGGUGCAGGCCUUGAAGGAAUGGGUGGCGCUGUUCCUGGUGCCGAAGGUGCUGAGGGCGAGUCGGAUGACGAGGAGAUGCCCGAGCUUGAGGAGGCUGACAAGGCUGCUGGGGAGUCGGCUAAGUCCUCUAAGAUCCAGGAGGUCUCUUAAAUAUAUGCAAAAGAUUAUUUGAAACAGGCUUGAUCCAUGACAUUGGUGACGAAUUAAAAUAAGAAUCAAUGAGUUGUAUGAGAUGAUCAGAGAUACUACCUAUUGCGUUCAGAUAUGCGCUACAGUAUGUGCGAGAUUGAGAGGUGAGGAGCAUGGAUGUUCAUGGGUAAUGUAAGCGACAAGUACUCGGGAGGUGUAAACUUCCCGUACCUACUCUUUAUGCCUGGGAUACCGAGAUAGUGCAGUAUAUGUAAUUGAGGUUAAUUUUCCAAUUUUUGAAUGUAUACCAUAGAUAUAAACGAGGAAGAUGUCCAAAAGUACAAGAAGGAAUCUC